AUGGUGGGGAUCGACUUAUUCCAGCUUCGGGGAAAGAACUAUCUGAUAUGUGUGGACUAUCGCUCUCGGUACCCCGAGAUUGCACUCCUUGCUUCCACCUGCGCAGACGCCGUCAUUAACCACCUCAAAAGCAUUUUCGCUCGUCAUGGCAUCCCUGUGACAGUGGUAUCCGACAACGGCCCGCAGUUCUCGAGCUCGGCAUUCGCAGAAUUCGCUAAAGCAUACGGCUUCAACCACACCACGAGCAGUCCUCUUCAUCCGCAGGCCAACGGGGAAGCGGAACGCGCCGUUCAAACAGUGAAACAUCUGCUCGAGAAAGCAGACGAUCCGUACCUCGCCCUACUGGCCUACAGAGACACGCCGGGGCCGACAGGCUUCAGCCCGGCUAAAUUGCUCAUGGGACGCCAGCUACGCUCUCGAGUUCCUGCAUUUCCUGCCCUCCUCGUUCCCGGAAACGUCGACAACAAACAAGUGACGAAAAGGGACCUCGAAGCAAAACAACGCCAGAGGCGAAACUUCAACCGUCGUCAUGCGGCUAAGGACCUACCAGCUCUCUCUCCAAACACCCGUGUCUGGGUGCGAGACCUCAAAUGCGAGGGGGAGAUAACUCAACAAGCAGACACUCCCCGCUCCUACUGGGUCCAAACAGAGCGCGGACACGUGCGUCGCAACAGAAAGAUGCUCGUCCCAUUGCCGGCCUCACAGAAGAAAGCGCAACCGCUUCCCUCCUCAUUAUUCUCCGACACUGACGACGAAGAUUUCGAACCGUCGACAGACGCGGGACCGCUAGCUGCCCUCUACAAUGGAGCUUCGUCCCAGCGAGGUGACCCGCUGCGAACCGACAGCAAUAAUUCACUGCCCAAGCCAGUCAACGAUGCUGCAGCAUAG